AUGCCUGCAACCGAGCGAAAGAAUACUAGAAAACUAAACAAAAGAAAUGUGUCAUUUGCUUUCAGGUCAGUGCUGACGGUUGCUUGUGAACAGACUGAAGUUCUGCUUUUUGACCCUAUAUCAUCAAAGCACAUAAAAACACUUUCUGAAGCCCAUGAAGACUGUGUAAAUAAUAUCAGAUUUCUUGAUAACCGGCUGUUUGCUACCUGCUCUGAUGACACUACAAUAGCACUAUGGGAUCUGAGAAAAUUGAACACCAAAGUAUGCACUUUACAUGGUCACACUAGCUGGGUGAAGAACAUCGAAUAUGAUACUAAUACAAGACUCUUAGUAACAUCAGGAUUUGAUGGAAAUGUCAUUAUUUGGGACACCAACAGGUGUACAGAAGAUGGGUGUCCACAUAAGAAAUUUUUCCACACACGUUUUCUCAUGCGAAUGAGAUUAACACCAGAUUGUUCCAAAAUGUUGAUCUCAACAUCCUCUGGAUAUCUCUUGAUUUUGCACGAUCUUGACUUAACCAAGUCUUUAGAAGUAGGCAGCUAUCCCAUUUUGAGAGCAAGAAGAACUACAUCAAGUUCAGAUCUGACCACUUCAUCAAGUUCAUCUGGUCCUAGAGUUUCUGGUUCACCUUGUCAUCAUAGUGAUUCUAAUUCAUCUUCUGAGAAACACAUGUCACGAGCCUCACAAAGAGAAGGAGUUUCACCACGAAAUAGUCUUGAAGUCUUAACCCCUAAAGUUCCUGGUGAGAGAGACCGUGGAAACUGCAUCACAUCUUUACAGCUGCACCCAAAAGGCUGGGCCACUCUUCUUCGGUGCUCAAGCAACACUGAUGAUCAGGAGUGGACUUGUGUCUAUGAAUUCCAAGAAGGAGUUCCGGUACGACCUGUCUCACCUCGCUGUUCUCUACGACUGACUCAUUACAUUGAAGAAGCCAAUGUAGGCAGGGGUUAUAUCAAAGAACUUUGCUUCAGCCCUGAUGGGCGAAUGGUUUCUUCCCCACAUGCCUAUGGGAUUCGAUUGUUGGGAUUUGACAAACAGUGCAGUGAACUUAUUGACUGUUUGCCCAAAGAAGCCAGUCCCUUGCGGGUGAUCCGUUCUCUGUACUCUCAUAAAGAUGUUGUACUGACGACAAAGUUCUCCCCAACACAUUGUCAGAUUGCCUCAGGGUGCCUUAGUGGACGGGUUUCUUUGUAUCAGCCAAAGUUUUAGGCACAACUUACAACAAAAUAAGCAACUCUUCUGGUGUUUGACAUAUAAAUUGCUUCAAUUGAGGUGAAGUAUUUUCUUUUUUAGAAGAUCUUAAAAGUUUGGGUCAAGAUCCUGAUUCUUAUGAACACACCUGUGACCUGAGGACUUGGUCGUCCAGCAUCAUAGGGGCAUUGCCAAGUUAGACUCUAUGCAGCAGCAUCUUUUGCAGCAUUCCUCAGCUCCUGCUGAUCUGUGCCACUGAACCCCAGUUCUGGUUAUUUUGCAUGUUAGCUCUUGUCGAGUUUCUUUCUUUUUUCUUUUUUGAUUUUGGUGUGAAUUUUGUGGACAUUUAGCAGGAGUUUUGGUUGGGUUAGAAGAAAUCUGUGACACUAGAAUAAAACCCAAACGUUUGAUGUUGGCAUACUGAUUGUUGAAAAAGAAAUUUCAUCUUCCCUUACCAGUAUAUUUGGUCUUUUAAAGUUGCUGUUAUGUUUCUCAAUAAUGAGCACAGAUAAUGGCAUUAUUCUCAUAACUAUUGGAUAGUCUUUCAACAAAAUGUCUUUUAAGCUUCCUGUUAAAAUUAUACAUAUUUUUCACCAUGAGAGGGUUUUGUUGUGACAUUCUAGAAAAAAUAUUAUCACCUCUCUGUAAUUUACUUUACUUGUAUGAAUUUUAAAAUCUCUAGCAUGUGUCCUUACUUGGUAUUUUGUUCCUGUCAACAGCAUUAGGGAGGAAGAGGGGAGAAGGAAUGAGCUUUGGUGGUUUCUGUUGUUUAGAAGAGAAUUUAUUUAUUGGAUUAGUACACUAUCUGACCACAGAGUGAUGAGGACAGUGUGGCUCAGAUAUUCUGUUUUCUCUGCCAGAUUAUUUGAAUCACACAGGAUGACGUUAUAGUAUUGGGGUGGAGGGGGAAUCGAGAGUAAAGAGAUGGGUUUUACUCUUAUUUCUUUCAUGAGCCAGAUGGCACAAGGUCAACUCUUAGCAUUAGUGAGAGGAGAACUUCUGUCCUCUUCAAGCUGUUGGCAUGUGGUAGUCAGUGGCUUGGAUGUCAAGACCGAGCUGAUAUGAAGACCUUUUGUUGUGUUUUGUUAUGGAGCACAGCAAGUAAAAAGCAUAUAGCAGGGCUUGAGCCCAAGGCUGACUGCUCUGCUGAAGUAAGGGGCUUUCCUUUAGUCUCCUCCACUUUGAAUGGUUUGGUGUUUAGAAGGGGUUUGCAAGAAGCUAGAAUAAUUUAAGUCACAUGCUGGCUUUUUCCCUCUUAGAUAACAUUCUCUUAAGCCAGUUGCUCUCAAACAUUAGGGUACAUUAUAAUCAUUGAGGAGCUUGUGAAAAAUACAGAAAAUGCCCUUACCUUAGGAGAUUCUGAUUCUGCCAGGGAGAAGACAGGAAUCUGUAUUUUAACAGGAACACCAAGUAACCUUUAUUCAGAUGGCCCCUGGAUCACUGUUUAUAAAACACUACCUUCAACAUCAGUAAAUACUUUUGUACCCAUCAGGUGCUUAAGACAACUCCCAGAAGGUGUUUUGAUUAUUUUUUAAUAAGUAAAUGAAAGCAAUUUUAGUGGUAGAAAAUAACAUAAAGUGAACUCAAUUUCAUUUUUUAAGGAAUGAGAGAAGUGACUUGCCUAAGGUUAUCCUAAAAAAUUAGUGGCAGAGCCAGGACUCAAAUUCAAGUCUCCUAAUUCCUUGCUCAGGGCAAUUUCUACUGUAUUAUGCUGUCUGUUAAAACAAUGACUAUGAACACUUUAUUUUGUCUUUAAUUUGUAUUAUUGUGAAUACCCUUAAACUGGCUAAGACAUUGGAAAAAGGAAGGCAUGGGAGUAGAUGCUGAGAAUUCCAGCCAUAUGAAGAAAAGUAUUUUAAAUUUUAUAGAAAUGUUUAAGCAACCCAAAUACAUGAAUAAAAAUGACUGUUUUGGUUUUUUUUGUAGGACCUACCAUACAGCCAUUCACACAUGUAUAAAGGUUACAUCUCACUUGGGACAAUGUUGGCCCUAGGACAAAUUUUUAAAAUUAGAUCAAUUUACCAUGGAUGUUUAAAAUUUGGAAAUUUUUUCGUCAUCAAAAAAAUUAUGACAAACUACAGUGGAAACACAGGUUUGACAUAAACUUAAAAAAACACAUUUAAAAGGAAGUUUUUGAGGCAAAAACACUUAAUGUUAACAUUAAAAAUAAGCUACUGAGUGUAACAAUUGUAUUGAUAAUCAAAAGAAGUUUCCAUAAAUUGUAUCACCUUUGGAGAGAGUUCCAUGCUCAUAUUGCCCAGCUCUAAACUUCAGUCAUGAUUGUUUAACAACUAUAGAGCAUCUAUCACGUGUCAAAUAAUGGACAUACUUUACUACUAAUCCUCACAGAAACCUUACAAGGUAGGUGGAGGAGUACCAAUUUACUUUGGAGGAAAUGGAGGGUCAGAAAAUUUAAGUGAUUUGCCUUAAGUCACAGAGCUGGGUGGCAUCACUGGGAUUCAAACCCUGGUCUGUUUUAGUCCAAAACCUGUGCUUAUUACCCUCCCAUUGUGCCCUUUGGUCGGUAAAGGAUGGUAAACUGGCCGGUUAAUUUACUUGUUUUGCAUCCUCUGGAAGUUCUUUAUUACAGCUGGCUUACCUUCUGCACCACGUAAAAGAACAUUUACAAGAUUAACAGUUUCCAUUAGAAUUAAUACCAUAAACUGCAGAGCAUACAUACAGUCCAUUCCUAACUAAAAAACCCCAAGCAGGACAUGUAACUGUAAAAUAAAGAAAAAUAGAGGAUAAAUAGCCUUAUUAAAAAAAAAAAAUAGAGCCGCACGGAUGAAAUGGGCUGUUAACCUUCGUUCUCUUUGAGGUAUGGUCAUGAUCAAAAAGUCACCAGGGAUAUUAAGGAAUUAAAAGUCCUCAGGAAUGGUAUGCUAUUAAAGGAAAUUACAUCUUAUAAUUAAAAGGUCCCAUUGCACUUACAGUGUAAAAUCUAAUGUAGUGUUUUUUACUCUAAAUUUUAUUUAGUCAUUUUUAUUCAUGAUAAUUGGUAAACGUAUUAUAAUUGGUAACAUAGUAUAAUUAUUGGGAAGUGUAGUAUAAACUAUACUUUGGUUUUAAAAAGCUUUCUGCAGAACAGUACCUUUAUGGCAAUGCUAUGUUGAAUGAGUUUAGGAACAUCAAAUGCAUAGUAGUUCCUUAUUUUCAAUUGUGAAAAUGAAGUGGCUAAAGCAGAUGAGUUCUCUAUUUUAAUCUUUUGAAGAUGUGUGUGGUCUUUUUCCUCAGAAUCCCAAAGAACAUGUAUAUUUUGUCAUUUCUGCUUGUUACAUCCUGAGAAGAAGCUAUACCAAAAAUUUUAGAAAAACAAGGAAAAGGUAGAUCACACGUUCCCCAUUUCUGUCUAGAACCAAGAUCACAUUAUACUAUUAGUAUUAAAGUUUUGUUUGCUAAGAAAGGUGCAGUGUAGGAAAAAUAUUCUGAGAAUCUUUUAAAAGCCUAAUGUUUCCCAAUUUGUCAGAAUAUAUGGUAUUGGCAUCCAUAAAUACCUGUUAAACUUGUGUUUAGUAAGAGAAAUAUUCUGAUAACUUACUAAUGACAAUCAUCCCCAUUUAGUGACCAGCAGUGACAGAGAGCUAUGAAAUUUCAUUACAUAAUAAACUGUGUUGGUCAUAAAGCAUAUAUAUGAAUUUUUGGAUAACUAAUGCAUAUCUCUUAAGUGCCAAAAUUUAAAACUUGUAAUUCUUUUUGAUGUGUUUCAAAUAUGUUAGUAUAUCUCCCUGCCUUCUUCUUAAACAGCAUGCUCAGUAUAAUUCACUUUUUCAUGAUGAAAAGUAAAAGUUAUAUUCAUGUAUCAUUACAAAUAUUCAGUGAGCUCUGAUGUAUAUAAAAUAAUUCAUAAAAUGUAAAGGGCUAUAACAAAUAUGAGUUAAUAUCAAUUAUUAUAAAGUGAUUCCCUCAGCCCUGAGGUAUAUGUAAUCGUUUGCCUCAGAUUGCUAGUGUUUUGUUUUUAAUUUAAAAAUGUUUUAUAUCUGCUAAGCAGUUUAUUCUGUCUCCUUCCACACUAUCUAUAUGCCUGCCUCUAAAAGAUUCCCCACUUCUUCUAAUGUGCUGUGUUCAUGUUAUGAGCUGGAACAUGAGAUAACCAAGCCUGCUUAGUGACUGCAGAUCUGGACAAGCUCUGGGUACACAGGCUUUGAGAUGGCUCUUUUGGUUGUUUACCACCUUUCUGACAGGUUCAGAAUAACCUUCUGGAUAAUAUAAGUUUCCAGUAAAGGCCUAACCUAGUGUUUCUUUUUUUCAGUUGCCACUAAAUAAAAUACUUCAAGCAAAGGGUGUUGCUAGAUUAAGGAACAAACAGCAAUGUACCAAAGAAUAGCAAAGCAACAACAAAGGCUCUGUAUUUGCACAGGGGUCUUACAUGCUUUUAAGAAAAAAGAAUACAGAGGGGAAAACAAUGAAAAUUAAAUCCAGAUAGACUUAAGAGUAUUUUUUAUGCCAUUAAAUAACUAUUAAAAUAUAUGCUUAAAUUAUCACAUGUUGUUACAAAGACACAGUUUAGUCUCAUUGCAGAAUAAGAUUGUACCAAAAUUUAUACUCUAAAGAUGAUUCCUAAGAAUUUCUCCCAUUCAAAUGAUAAUAGAAAUGAUUAUCAAAAGGAAAGUCUCAAAUGUACCAGUAUUCUCUCUUUAGUUAUAAAUGAAUAAGCGGUAGUAAUAUGGGUUUUAUCAAAGUUCCAAGGAACACAUCUCACAUACACACAGAUCCUAUAUGUAUGUGUAAUAAUGUCACUAUAAAUAAAAAUGUCACCCAGAGGUAAUAAAAUAAUUUUUAAAUUUAAA